AUGAAACCAUCUGCUAUUGCAAUUCUGGAGGAAAGAGGAUGUGAAAUUCCUAAAGAAGCUCCUCCAAGUGAAGCAGUUAAUACAAAGAACCCUGUAAAUACAGAUGGUCCAAUGAAAAAUUUCAAUUCUAUUCACAUUGUACAAGCUUGCAAUGAACAAUCAAAUCCUCAAUCUAAAGAAGAUAAAUACAUACAUUUACGUCAAUAUUAUGUAAAUCAAGUAAAGGGUGAAACAAGAAAGCAAAUCCUCGAUAAAAAAGCAGAUGAAAUUCGCAAAAUAUUACUAAAAGGAUCACCAGAACAAAUCGAGCAGCUUUACUUAAAUCGUCAUAAAUGGCGCCAAGCAAUUCAUGAAUUUCGAAACGAUGAUAAACCUAUUUGCAAGGUAGAAAAUUGUAUCAACGUAGUAGUUCCUGGUUGUGAGUACUGCAUUAAUCAUAUCAAUUUGGAUCCAAAUCAAAAAUUAUUUGUUAUUUGCGAAAAAUGUCAUAGACCGCAUCCUGUAUGCUCCGAAUGUUUCACAUGCAAAUAG